AUGGAAACCAUUUCAUGUUUUCGUCUGUCUGUCAUCCUCUCCAUAGCACUUUUCAUUUUUGCACGUCCAUGGUAUACUCCAAGCAAACCGGGACUACUCGGCUGCACCAAGUCCACCCCUUGGUGCACCUCCAAGAACCGAAGGACCCAGUUAGGCUCAGUCCUAGAGACCCAAGUUUCACAGCCCAAGAACCUCCCAACAGACACCCCUUUACACCCUCUAGAUCCACUAACCAUACCAGAAAUCAAGAAAGUUCGAGCCAUCCUCUCCGCCUAUGCACCCUUCUCAUGGACCUUCCCAACAAUCCAUUCUCUCUCUCUGGAUGAACCCGAUAAAUCCCGGGUCUUGGAAUGGAUAAAAGGUGAUCCUCUUCCCCCUAGAAGAGCGUCUGUGAUCGCACUAUUGAAUGGCCAAACUCAUGUUCUCACCGUGGACUUGGAUUUGGGCCUGGUCAUUAGCCAUGACAACAAUCCCGGAUCGGGCUAUCCGACCUUAUCCAUGGAUGACAUUUCGGUUGCUUUACAGGUGACAUUGUCCAAUGAAGAGGUCAAUAAAUCAAUCAUGGCACGAGGAGUUGCGUAUUCGGAUUUAUCUUGCAUCACACCUUCGGCUGGGUGGUAUGGGCCUAAUGAGGAAGGAAAAAGGAUCAUAAAGGUCCAAUGUUACUCUAGCCAAGGCACACCAAAUUUCUACAUGAGGCCCAUUGAGGGGCUCACCGUGACCGUGGACAUCGAUAAGCGAGAGGUGGUGAAAAUAUCCAAUACGGACCGAGGAAUACCAGUUCCAAAAGCUACCAACACGGAUUAUCAGUACAUGGCACAAGACAAGCCUAUGGAAAUGGAGCCACUCAAUCCAAUUUCAAUAGAGCAGCCCAACGGUCAGAGCUUUCGAGUAGAAGAUGGGCAUAUGGUGAAAUGGGCCAACUGGGUGUUCCACAUCAAGCCCGAUCAACGAGCCGGAAUGAUAAUUUCCCGGGCCAUGGUACGGGACUCGGUGACAGGAGAGCUAAGGAGUGUGAUGUACAAAGGUUUUGCUUCCGAAUUAUUUGUGCCAUAUAUGGACAUAGAUGAAUCUUGGUACUUCAAAACAUACAUGGAUGCAGGUGAGUUUGGGCUAGGUGUGACAGCCAUGCCACUUGUGCACCUCAAUGAUUGUCCUAGGUACUCAUAUUAUAUGGAUGGGCUUUUUGUUGCUGCUGAUGGGAAGCCUUUUGUUCAGUCCAACAUGAUUUGCAUUUUCGAGCGCUAUGCUGGGGAUAUUGGCUGGAGGCACUCCGAACUCCCUGUAAAUAGUUUCGAGAUAAGAGAAUCGAGGCCGAAGGUUACGCUCGUGGCUCGAAUGGCAGCAUCAGUUGGAAACUAUGACUACAUAUUCGACUGGGAAUUUCAAACUGAUGGUUUGAUCUCUGUCAAGGUAGGGCUGUCUGGAAUGCUAAUGGUGAAAGGAACACCAUACGAAAAUGUGUAUCAAGUUCCUAUCAGCAAGGAGAUAUCAGGUUCUCUUGUAUCGGAAAAUGUCAUCGGUGUAGUUCACGAUCACUUCAUUACCUUCCACAUCGACAUGGACAUCGAUGGCCCCAACAAUUCGUUUGUCGAGGUGAAUCUUGUGAAGGAAGAGACUUUGCCGGGCGAGUCACCUAGGAAAAGCUACUUGAAGGCAAAGAGGCAUGUGGCUAUGAUGGAGGAGGAUGCGCGAAUUAAGCUCAAGCUCUAUGAUCCAUCGGAAUUUCAUUUGGUUAACCCUUCGCGGAGGUCUAGGUUGGGUAAUCCGGCAGGGUACAAAGUUGUUCCUAGUGGCACUGCUGCUAGUCUGCUUGAUCUAAAUGACCCUCCACAAAUCAGAAGUGCUUUCACAAACAAUCAGAUAUGGGUGACUCCAUAUAACCGGACCGAACAGUGGGCUGGAGGCCUUUUGGUAUAUCAAAGCAAGGGAGAAGAUACACUAGCUGUAUGGUCUGAAAGGAAUCGUCCAAUUGAGAACACAGAUAUAGUAUUGUGGUACACACUGGGAUUUCAUCACAUACCUUGCCAGGAGGACUUUCCCGUGAUGCCAACUGUUUCGUCAAGCUUUGCUCUGAAGCCCGUUAAUUUUUUCGAAAGCAAUCCAAUCCUUCGUUCCAAGCCCAACUUCAAAAAGGACCUACCCGUUUGUAGGCCUGCUAGUUCAUCUUGA